CUUCAGCCAUCAGAGGGUCAGGUGUUCACGUAUUUGACCCGUAUUUGACCUGUAUUUGAGGGCUUCCCGGGGGUCAGGUCACGCCAGGAGCCACGGUGGAGCUAAGGUGAAGUUAAAUAAUACUCGUAAAAUAAGGUUCUAGUGGCAGGUUGUAAAAGGGCAAAGAACAAGCCUUUAACAGUGUACAGAUAACCCAGUGCGGGAGACGAGAAAGAAAACUCAUAUCGGUAAAUCGGAGAAAAUCGGAGAAAAUUGGUGAGUGGCGUAAGUGUGAAAGGGGACGAGGAUUAAUACUAUCACUACUAACACAACUGCUAGUACCGGGCAGCCGAAAAUUCCCCUCGCCAAAGCCACACACACUGAAAUGAAGAACAGACAGAUUAACAAGUGCUUCGGCGUCAGAUAAUCCUCGCUCGCACCACCGCGCGUCGUAGCCGAGUGGACGGAAAAUGCACCAGUGAUAUCGUCCUUGCAAGUGCCAAGCAACGUAACAAUGUGUGCAAUGAAGAAUAACGAGAAGCGGAACUCUCUGCCGUCGCUCACCAUGAAUAAGUUCUUCGUCAACAAGCGUGCCUCCAUGUUUGAGAAGGUGGAAGAGGCACCACCACCCGGGAACAGGAACUGGCGCGAGUGGAGUCCCUGCGGUCUGGUGGAGAGCUCGCAGAAGAAGCUGGAAGAAAAGAAGGAGAAACAACGCAAGGAAAUGAUGCGGGCCCGACUCAAGCGACAAGCGGACCCGUACGCCGAGGAGAGCAGCGACCAGGAGGAUGAUGACGAGGGGCCAGCUUCAGUGGCGUCAGAGAAGGAUUGCAGGAAGGAUUCCAAGGCGUGUGGUCAUGCCAGCCGGUCCGUCAACUUUGGGCAGGUGAAGAAGACUCUGAAGCAGGGCCAGGCUAUCGGGGAAUGUACACAGUGUCGCAAGGGCCACUGCUCGGAGCUGGACAAGGAGCCAAACCCUAUAGUGGACAACUAUGUGCCGGUGAUCUGGCUGUGCCUAUACUGCGGCCACCAAGGCUGUGACCGCAACACCCAGGAGCAGCACGCACUCCUCCACUACAGGCGCCCGCACUCCGACCCUCACUGCCUCAUCCUCAACACCCAGGCCUGGAAUGUUUGGUGUUACGAGUGUGACUCCGAGGUUCACCAGACCAGCUCCAAGAAGCUUCACGAGGUAGUGGAGUUCAUCAAGAGACAGAAGGACAUGGCGCCGCGUAGAUCCACUUCCAACAGACCCCUCCUCAACUCCUCCCAGUUCGGCACAGGGGGCGAAUGUGGGACAGUCACCGUGGCCAAGGGCUCCAUCAGCUCCUUUGACGACAAUUCAAAGGCGGCCAAGAACCAGCGUAAUGCCCAGGCCAGUGUGCUCGCCUCGCUGCCCAAGGUCAAGGGUCUCAGUAACCUCGGGAACACCUGCUUCUUCAACUCCGUGAUGCAGUCUCUCUCCCAGACACACUUCCUCACGCAGCUGCUGGAUCUUCAGUGUCAGAGUGGCCAGCGUGUCUACCUCCCAGGCCGCACCAAGCCUCCCAAGCUCGGUCUCAAUGGGGAGGUGAAGCAGGAGAACGGGAGGGUCAAGAGGUAUAGCUCGGAGAAUGAGGACGAAGAUGACGUAGAGCUGAAACCCCUCGACCUGUACCUGCCGGAGGGGGGUGGGCUGACGCUUGCCACCGCCACGCUGCUGAAGGAGAUGCACUCGGUAGGGAAGAACAGCAUCCUCAACCCCGGCUACCUCUUCGGACAGUUACACGGAAUGGAUGCGUCAAUAUGUAAGAAGAGCACCCAGUUCCAAGGCUACGAGCAACAAGACGCCCACGAGCUCCUGCGCUGUCUGCUCGAGGCCAUCCGGAACGAGGAAAUCCUUAGGGCCAAGAGAGCGAUCCUUAAGGCUUUUGCGCUGUCCGAGAAAACCGACCCCAACACCGUCAGCCCUCGCCUUAAGACCAUGAUCAAGGGCUACGGCAGACAGGCCACACACACCAUCGUAGACCAGAUUUUCGGAGGACAGCUCAUCAGUACAAUCUUCUGUGAGGAGUGCCACUGGUCCUCCCAAGUGUUUGAACCCAUGAUGGACCUCUCGCUGCCAAUUAAUGAGGAGAAGGGUAAGCUCAAGAAGAACCAAAUCAACGACGAGACUGUGGUUGACUGCUUCGGGCGGCCAACCAGCAUCGCCGGCGGCAACCACAACAUGAACAACAACACCGCCUUCAACACCCACAGCAACCACAGGGGCAACACCAGCCUCUCCAAGCACCAGCUGAAGAAGCAGAAGAAAGCUGAAAAGAAGCAGAGGAGAGGCCACAAGGGAAGGGGCAAGGGAGGCAGCCUGGCGCCCUCCUGCAUCAAGGCAAACAAUGAGGACGACGAGCUGGCGAAGUCGGAGAAAUUGAAGCGAAGGAUGACGGAGAAAAGCCACGCAGGGGACCAGGAGGAUUUGGCACGUGCAGAAGAGGCCAGGAAAACCACGACGUCAGACCCUGCAGGCCCGACAGGCAAGCGUGGUGAGAGUUCCCGGUUCAAGCAACUCAUGGCGGCACGCAAAGGGGAGAGGGUCAAGGAUAGUGGGCAGGAGGACGGUAGUGAGGAGGACUCCGAGUACGACUUCGAUGAGGACGAGGAGGAGGACUCACUCGGCGGGCAGGACAAACCAUCGACCAAGAACGGGGAUGAGAAGAAGGAUCCCGGGAAGGGUGAAAAGACGUCCAGGAAAGAGGAGGAGGACGAGGAUGAGGAUAGUGAAGAGGAUGAUUCGGAGGAGACGGAGAGUGAGGGGAAGGGCAAUGACAGUGACGGUGGAAGCUCUAAAAAGAAAGGCUCGUCUACAGAGACGAGCGACGCGGACAUCGAGGACAACACCGACUCUGACAGGGUGCGACAUAAAUACCACAACACACGGCAGCCUUCCAUCGUCGUCGAGCAGUCGGAAACGGAGACACGAGGAAGCAAUGAAGGCCUCGUACCCAACCACAAUCUUCAGCUCAUGCCUUACUAUGGGCCAUUCCUCUCCCCCUACAGCCGCCUCCUCAGGUGCCUCAACACAUGCUACUCCAGUGACCAGCUCAACUACAACUCCGCCUCGGACACCUCAGAGCGCUACUACACCCCCUACGAGAAGGACUGCAACGGCUUGGACACAGCGGACGACCUCGACAACUACCAGGACCCGCAGGAUAAGGCAGACACCACCUCACUGCGCUCAGACAACACGACUAACAGCGGGAACAGUGGCAAGGGCUCCUCCACGGCCACGGGGGACACCUGCUCUAUAUCCAGCGGCGAGACUAUUGGGAACUUUGACCUAGACCCCAAGGUACCAGUGGACCAGGCACACAUGGACGAGAUGUGCCUCAAGGUGAAGGAGCUGAAAAUUCGCCGUAAGUCCUGCAGCAAGGAGAGCCUGUUGGAAGCCACUCCGAAGACCAGCCAGAAGCGCGGGUCCACGGAAACGCUGCACACCUUUAACGAGAAGCCAGAGGAGGAGGAGGACGAGAGCGUGAAGAAAGCCAAGUUCCUGAAGAAGCUGAAGCAAGAGUGGAUUGCCCGCAGCCUCACCACACUUGCUCCACGGUACCAGUGUCGGAGUCAGGAGUGUUCGGUGAUGUCCUGCCUUACGCACUUCACCGCCCCGGAGCUUCUCACCGGCAACAACAAGAUCACCUGCGAGAACUGCACCAAAAUACACAACCAACUUCACCCAGACGACCCCAAGGAGUCCGUGAAGAGCAACGCGAGCAAACAGAUGCUCAUCCUGUCCCCUCCGGCCGUUCUGACGCUGCAGCUCAAGCGCUUCCACCACAUGGGUUUCAACCUGGCCAAGGUGAACCGCUAUGUCAAGUUCCCCCUUGUGCUGGACAUCGCCCCAUUCACCUCCUCAAUCUCCCUGGGCCUGGGGAACAUGUCACAGGGCCAGUCUCAGGUUCUGUACGGCCUCUAUGGCGUUGUAGAACACUCUGGACGCCUCAACUCAGGGCACUAUGUCGCCUAUGUUCGUUCGCGCCCGCUGGACCCCAACCACACCAACCGUCAGUACCUCAACCUCAAGCCGUCCAGCCAGUUUGAGAUCGAUCACCUGGUGGCGGAGAUGGCGGAGAAGGUGGAGGCCUCGUCCGGCACGCUGCACCGGGACUUCAAGGCUUCCCCGGGGAGUAGCUCGGCUAAUGUGCAGGAGUUUGAGGAGGAGAUCAAGGCGGGGCGCUGGUUCCACGUGUCCGACACUUACGUAGCGGAAGUCAACAUUGAUCGGGUUCUCAAGUCCCAGGCGUACCUGCUGUUCUACGAGCGCCUGGUCUGAGACCGGUGAUACAUAGACUGUACAUAAGGUUUUAGCAGACUGGUUUAUUUAUUAAGUAUCUACGUAUUUAUUUGUACAUUUCGUCCUAGAUGUAUGCGUAGUGUCAGUACCGGUGUGAGCGAGAGCCGCCCGCCCCACGAGGGAGGAGCGUUCAGUGAAGCCUUAACUAAACACUUAGUACAAAACACGGCUCUUAAAGGCACUGAAUGCCAUGAGGAAGUCCACCCGGGAAGGAGGGAGGAAUUAGUAUCAUGGAGGGCAGGGCAGCAGUGGUGUCAGGGGCCCACAGAACACACCUGCCGCCUGUGCUGGAGGUGCUCCAGGAGGCCGUGAGAUCAGGUUUAGGGGCCCUGGAUGUGCAGAGUAUGCCCUUGUCAUGCUCACACCACUGAGGGCAUCAUGAUAUGCCUUCUGAAAAGUAUAAAGUGGUGUGUAAAGGACAUGUAUGAAGAGGGAACAAACACGUUCGUGCCGGCCGGUGUGCCGGGCUGUGAGGCGGCGCCGUGACUCCCGGUGUGCUGGUGUGGACAGUGUUGGACACACCAGAGGGGUGCAUUAGAGUGUGUAGGAAGGUUUAGUACAAGCCAAGGGAACCAGCACAGUUUCCACAUAUAGCAGCCAUUUACUGUUCAAUACUCAAAGUAUCUUGUCAGGUUGGUAGGGUAGCCCUGUCUUGACUCUCUCUGCUAUAGCUGUAAGUGGCAGGAGAGGUGCCCACACCAAGGAGGGGCAGAUGCCCCGACGGUUCCUGCCACAGCGAUGACUCACAAAGGGACAGCUUGUUGUGUGGCGGAGGUGCUGAGGCUGUUCCUGCCUCGUCAGGUGGUGGGUCAGGCUGCUGUACGGACUGCUGUCAGGCCUGGCUGGUGGCACCUCCACACUCACAGGCAGGUGGCCGUGGCCUGGCCUGGAAGGAUGGAGUCAGGAGUUCCAUUUCUGCUUCUUUUUCAAGUGUUUGCACUUUUUGUGCAAACUUUGGCCUCCAAGAACAGAGCUUCAUUGCCAAGCUCUUAUCACAUUCUUUGAGGCUUAUUUUUAAGCCAUAAUUAAUGCUGUAUAUAUUUUAACAUGAGCCAAGUGGCUAACUAGAAAAGUAAUGAUUAUAUACUGAGUGACUUCAUUACCACAUGAUAAAGGUCAGUUGUUGAAGUGACUGUAGUGGUGCAGCUUGUCUGGGCACUGCCGGGCGGGGCGGCGGUGGUGGUGCUGCACGGUGUGUGUGGUGCUGCCCAGCGAGGGAGAGCCCACGGGGCCUCCAGGCAGCGGUGUUGUUUACAGUGUAACUUGUAUGGUGUAUUAGGUCCUCCAUAGUUGUAAUGGACUGCAGUGCUAAUGCUGAGGGUGAAGAUGUUGUGUAUUUUGGUAUUAUUUGUGGUAUUUUUUACCACUUACUUGGGACGUGGACAGAAGGAAUAUUGUACAUAGGCAGAGAGAAUGUAGCAAGAUGACUCAGUUUGUUGUGAAGCAGUUUUAGUAAGAUACAUUUAUCAGCCUUGUCUGUGAUAGCAAGUCUCUUAAUUGCAAGGUGCCUCUGUAACCACUGGAAAUACAUUGCCACGGAGUCUUUCAGCAACAGACUUGAUUGCACUUCACACAUCUUGGGUGAGAACAAGUGCCAAAAGACAUGUGUAUUUUUCAGUGAACUUAGCGGUGUCGUCACUUUGUAUCUUUGUACGAAGCUUUUUCACGCCUCAAGUGCAAAGCAGAGAAACAAACAUAGACGAUUCUGAAGGAAGUGUUUUCAUAAUUUUCCCGUGGGAGGCACUACUAGUCAACACAGUGUGGCGCAUUGUGGGACUCACGUUGUUGUCUGUGGUGUGUUAGUGUUUGGACGGCCCUUCAGUACAGUGUUGGGGGGCGUGCGCUGACCCUCCCCGCACCACACACACACACACACACACACACACACACACACACACACACACACACCACCCCACACAACACAUUACUUUUCUAUGGCAGGUGAAGCACAUAAACACUUUUCGUACUUUCCCCCACAGUGAAUUCACCCAAAAUACCCUUAUUAUCAAAACUGUGAAUUCCAUAAUGAGAUUCAGUUGGUAUUUUUCUGGUGAGAGAAGAUCAAGAUACAAGAUUCCAGUGCAGCUUCCCUCUAUGGAACGCACUUGUGUAUGUUAUGUAAAUUUCUACGAGGUGUUGAUGCAUUUUCAAGAACAGCUGACUUGUUUUGUUUUUAGCGAGUAUUUUUGUUAACAGUGAAAAUAGAUUGACAGAUAAUUUUCGCAUUGGCUCCUGUGUGUUCUCUCCUCCCCUCUCCUCUGCCACACAGUCUAUACCUUUUUCUUCCUUUUCCAAUACUACACCCCUGUCCACCCAGCAGUGAAUGGGUACCAGGUAUUAAUCGGGGGUUGUGUCCCGUCUCCUGAGAUCUGUUCCCUUCUCCUAUAAUUCCUUCCCCUCUUGUCUCUCUCCGGCAUAUGACCACAGAUGUUGCGCCGACUAAACAAAACUUUCCAACCUUUUUCUUCCUUUCUAACACAUGAGAGGGAGAGGCAAGUGUUGGGGCUGUAUGGCAGAUCGGCGGGCAGGAAAGAACCCACUGUAGCCAACACAAAAAACACUCGUCAAUCCAGUUUCCCUAUUAUGUAAACCGUGUAGGAUUAAAUGUGCAUAAUAGGGGCUUGGAAUUAUUAGUUUCCUCAAGAAUGUAAAUUUUAUAAUGACGUUUUGUGAAGGUGUUUCCAGAUAUAGUUGACAUUUUGUGGUGCAUAGGGGUCUGACAUUACAUUAGUUUUUACAAGUAAUAAUUUUCCUUACGAUUCCCCCUUAGCCAUAGAGACCCUCAGGAACUGUCUCGGAUGUAGCGUUGAAGUGUACUCGUUCACAACACGUGUCGGUCGUAGUGGAAAGACUUUACGUUGUAGAAUACUAGAAGAAAUUCGAGAAAGAUGUGACGAUGAGACCAUACAGGAAGGUGACUGUGAUGCAUUGGACAGGUAUAGCAUAGCAGUGGCUUUGUGUAGUGUGCGUGUGUGUGGGUGUGUGUGUGUGGGUGUGUGUGUGUAGGUAUGGGUGUGUGUGUGUAGGUAUGGGUGUGUGUGUGUGUGUGUGUGUGUGGACGGUGACUGUGAUGCAUUGGACAGGUAUAGCGUAGCAGUGGCUUUGUGUAGUGUGUGUGUGUGUGUGUGUGUGUGUGGGGAUGAGAGUGCAAUAUUUAAACAUACACUGCACUUUUUUUUUAUUUCCGUGGC